UUUACAAUAGCCGUUCUAUGGCAGACCUCUGAAAUGAGCACAAACAUGCCACAAGACGUGGUGUAUGCAUCCGACAGGCGGAUGCAGGUGACUAAAGAGUUGACAGUGAACGAGAAUCUAUUGCAUAAUCAGACAGAGCUCAGCUCACACAAACAGAGGCAGCGCGAGCGCUUCAUUUUGAACUAUGGCGGCAACGCACCAGAUUCUUUCGCGAUUGUGUCGUGUUACGCGCUGGAAAACGUCUCAGCUUGGAGAAUAACAGCGUUUAGUUUUCAAAGAAUUGUUGGAUAGGAUGACAAAAAUUAUCCUGCCUCAAAACUUUGAAGUUUGCGUUUACUUAUACUACAAAUGCUCGCGUGCCGUGCGUGUGUUUUGUGUGAUUUGAUCAUUUAUUUGAACCUACCGCGCCGGGACGCUUAGGAGGAAUUUGUUUGUUGUUGUUUUUUCCCCCACUGCCCCUCAGAAGCCGUUCAAAUGCUGGAAUGGAUUGGUGCUGUUUGCAUUAUGGUUUUAAUGGCCAUACUCUGGCCAGUAGUGAAGAAUUUUGGAGCAGAGAGUCAGUCCACGCUGCUACUGCAGGGGCUUGAAAUUCCGCGCAAAAAAUGCGUGGAGAGAUGCGACUCCAACUGUGACACGGGUACCAAGCAGAAACUAGAGGGGCAAGGUGAAUCGCCGACGGUCGCCUUGAUAUGCAAACCCUCUGCCCUGGCAAACUACCUUCUCAAACAUUGCACGAGUUUUUGUAAGCAUUUAUCGAUACCAAAAUGGAACUGGCGAGUGAGUCCGUCUUUACAGACUGUUUUCGGUGCUCUCUGGCCGUAUGGCUGUCCUGUCCAUUUUAUUCGGGAUAUUUUGCAGAUGAGUGACGAUGGACUGGUGGCGUUGGACUGGGCUGUAGUUGGUGCGGCACAUCACAAGAGGAGGAGAACUUGCAGUAAUUCCACAAGUCCAAUUCUGCUCAUUAUACCCAACUCUUUUGGUAAAAUCACCAGGAAUGUGCUAAAGCUCUGUGAGGCUGCUCUAAGUCAUGGCUACCUUCCUGUGGUCUUCAACCGCCGGAGCCAGAAUGGGACACCACUCAGUACCGUUAAACUACAGCAAUUCGGUGACCCAACUGACCUGCGGGAAGCAGUGCGUUACAUUCGGUACCGGCAGCCGGCAGGCCAGAUCCAUGCAGUGAGCGAGAGCACCGGUUCAGGCCUUCUACUGUCCUACUUGGGGGAAUGUGGCUCCUCCAGCUAUGUGACUGCAGCAGUCUGCCUGUCUCCCAUUUUUCGCUGCCAGAGCUGGUUUGAAAGUGGCCCCAAUUGGUCGUUUCACUGGGCUCUACUGCUCUAUCAAAAGAUCUGCCUCAGCAGGUAUAAAACUGUGCUUGGAGAGUUUGUCCAUACAGACAACUUGUUCUCCAGCUGCUCCUUGAGGGCAAUGGAAGAAGCGCUCUUCUGCCAGUCUGACUUGAAGGGGGCAUCAGUGGAGGGAGCCUGUAGCUGGGAGGCAUACUGGGAGCGCAACGACCCUUUGCGAGAUAUAGAUGAAGUUGCCAUUCCUGUACUAUGUGUGUGUAGCCAAGACGACCCAAUCCGAGGGGAACCCCGAGCCACUCUACCUUUGGAGCUUUUUGAGAGUAACCCGCACUUCUUCCUCCUGUUGACUGGGUAUGGAGGCCACUGUGGCUUCUCCAUACCAGAUGAGGCCCCUACUGUCUGGAGCCACCAGGCCUUGUUUGAGUUUUUUCGUGCCACCACGGAUUUCUUCGCUGUAGAGGAGCGUACCAAGCUGGCGGCCAGGCGGAGGGGUUUGGGUGGUGCUGGCAAGACAUUUCGCCAUCGCAGUGUGAGCACAUGCAAAAGACUGCCUGUUUGCUCGCAUAACAUUCACGCAAUUUACAACUGGCAGAGGUCAUACACCAGAUGAUGAUGUGCGUAGAGGUUUCCCCAAUGACGAGACAGAACUUGCAAAGCUAAAUUAUACCGCAUUCUGACCUGCUGUUAUACACAGUCUCAAAAUCAGCAGUCGAGAAUUGGACUACCAUUGUCAACAUUGUUACUGCUUAUAUUUGAGUAUGUUGAGACAUUUCAUAGUUUGACAAAUGUUAAAAGCUAGUAGAAAGUUGAAAGGAUUAGAAAUGGUAUGUUUUCAAAUAAUUUCUCUGGCAUCUGCCAUAUUGAAUGGCAGCAUAUAAAUUAGCCUUAAAGUUGUGGGUGUCUGUUUCAAAGGGAUUGGUCCAAAUGUUUGUUCUGUACCUCAUGAAUGUUUCAGUACGUCAUUCCAAAAUUUAGAGAAGCAUUAUUAAGCACAUGGUGGGCGUUCCCUCAGAUAUACUUUUAUAGGUCUGCAGGAAUUGUCUAAUUUGGGUUAGUACAUUCUGCGCAUACAAUAACAACAGUGACAUUUGUAAUUUCUCAGUGUAAUAUUCUUCUUCUCGGAGACUGCUAGUUUAUUUAGUUUUCUCUGCGGUGUGUUAGAGGGAUAGUCUGUGUAAUUGGAGUAAAGAGUCAGCACUGCUGGAAUUUUUGUAUGGCGUCAUUAUGAGGUUUCAGGGAAAGCUGGUCUCCUGUUGACAUGGGUGGAGCUAGCUUUGCAGCUUUUCACAAUUUGUAACUCAAACGCUGAUUUUUGUUUUCCCACGGGUGAGUUCUGUUUUUGUUUUCUACCUUUUUUUUUUUUUUUUCUGUAACCCAAAACUUUUAAUGUUUCUCUGGUGCCAAACUCCAUGCAUGUUAAAUUAUCUGUGAACACAGGAGCUUUAAUUAAAGGGUUUUGGCUAAAUACAUCCUCAUAUAUUUCCACAAACCUUUAUCCAAAUAAACAGGGCAUCAUACAGAAUUAUAGGUCAUACUGCUGCAUUAAAUGGACCCCGUUUAAAGACCAGUAGUGUUUUGGAUUCUGCUGGCCCCUGGGGUGUGAGGAAUGGUGUCCCCACCAUGCAUCUUAAAUAGCUUAAAUCCAAAAAAGAGAGCUCGCACACUUACUGCUCCAAAAAAUAUUUUAAUUAACAACUAAGUGGUUAAAGUUUCAACCCACACAAGCACCUUCUUCAUAAUUCUGGUGUAUGUGUGUUUUUGAUAUACUGUAAAUUCUUAACUAGCCUAGCGAGAUUUCUUGGUCAAUCAGCUUCACCAGGAAGACCAUGCUGGUUUAACAGCAUUUUUUCCAGCAUAGUUAUGCUGGUCAACAAUAUAGACCAGCACCAAACUAGCACUAGGCAUCUUUUCAACAAGAGACAUGGGUCUCUUUCUGUUUACUUCAACAGCUUUUCUUAAAAACUGGAUCACUUAGGUGAAGUGACACUUUAGAGAGCUUCUGAGGAAAUGAAUCUUAAAGCAAAGCAGUAGAAUUUGUUCGCCAAUUCAUUUAAUGCAUGACCAGGCUUUUUAUUGGACAGUACAAAAUAUAGCUGCAGCCUGGAGCCUAAGCACAGUGAGAGGAGAUAUCUGAUUUGAAGAGACCGUCUCUGGAGACUCCAGCUCAAAUGAUGAAAGCGUAGAGCAGCAUAUGUGGAAAGCUAUAGCAGCUCGCUAAAACAAUAACAGUCUUUUCCUCCGGCUUUACAUUUCUUAAUUAACCUAUCCCAAACUUUUUAUAUUUUUAAUAUAGGCCUACUCUCAUCGUUCAUUCUGUAAUGGGGUGAUUCUCACAAAACAACAAAAAACAUCCUGGUCCUAUUUUACUUCAAAAUAAGAAGAAACAAACAAUAAAUUACUGUUUUAUACUACACAUUUAGAAAAUAAAGCCCCAUUUAGAUUUUUUACACUGUGGCAUUUUCAUGACAGCACAUUUUUCCCCCCAUUCUCAUUACCGCAAUGCGAAAGUAGAUGGUCAUUAGGAUAUUCUCAAUACAGCAAUGUGAAAAACAUUAUUUUUCUUAGUAUUACUCCCUUGAAACUGCCUUUAAUUUUCAAUUACUUUAAUUGGGAAAAUCAUUGUAUCAUUUUGUUGUUAUUGUUUUCUGUAACCUAAGUUAAAAACAAAAAUUAAUUAAAAAUGGGCUUUUACGGCUAUGAGAAUCAACAUUGAAAACAAUAGGAUUAGCUAAAGUGAAAUGUCAACUGAGGGAUAAAAUCCCUCAGUUGACUAAGUUUUAGUGUCCUGAAAUAAUGUCACAAUGCAAAAAGUCUUAAUGGUCCUCAAUAGGUUUAACUGAUAUAUGUUUACGGGUUGGAGGACAGAGGAGCGAGGAAACGAGGAUGCACAAUUUCAAUUUAAGAAAUGAGAAGCACCUCAUUUCUUCAUUCAUUCCCCUUCAGGGGCUCUAGAGAAACCUUUUUUUUUUUCAGUGUUCUAAUUUAAUUCCUAGAAGUUGCACUUUUGAGUUCCCAAACAUUUUUUUAAUGCAUUGUUUAUGUAUCCCUAAAUCAGUUUUAAUACUUGUUAAGAUUUUAAUUAAGUUGGCUCCUAAUAUGACGCAAUCGCUCACCUCGCCUGCUAGUGACACCACACAGAGGACGUCAAGCUUGACAAACUCCGUUUUAGUCUUUAUUUGGUGGAUAAAAUAAAAAACUUUGUGAGUAAAACAAAUUCUAGAAAAUAGAUUGUCAUCCCUCUAUGAAUUCAGAUAUCUUUCCAGCCAUCUGGUCUUCUGGUGCCAUCUAGUGUAUAAUAGAUAAUAGUAACCACUACAUAUUUUAUUUUGAUCAGUGAUGCUCCAAGAGUGGCGGAUUCUUAAACUAUUUCAUUUAGACACAGGUUGAAAGAAUGUGGACACUUGAACUUCAUGCCCACCUACUUGGACAUUUAAUUUCAAAACCAUGGGCUUUAAUAGGGGGUUACUCCUCCCUUUGUUGCUGUAGUAGCUUCCACUCUUCUAGGAAGGCUUUCCACUUGAUCAGGGGUUCCCAAACAUUUUUGUCAGCCAAACCUCUUUGGCCUAAAUGAUUUAUUUGAAGUACCCCCUGAUAUUUUAACCUUUAGAAAUAUAAUUAAUGUUAUAUCUUUGCACUUUAUUUUUCAUAUUAAUGUUAUAUUUAAAUGAACCUUUAUUAAAUCUUUUCUUAUAUUUAUAUAUUUCAUAUUUAAUUCACCACUGGCCUAUCUAUCCCAAUCAGAGACUAUUACUUCCUAGUAGAAAACACACACACACACACACACACACACACACACACACACACACACACGUUGUGUUUCCAUGUUUUAUGGGGACUUUCCAUAGACAUAAUGGUUUUUAUACUGUACAAACUUUAUAUUCUAUCCCCUAAACCUAACCCUACCCCUAAACCUAAACCUCACAGAAAACUUUCUGCAUUUUUACAUUUUCAAAAAACAUAAUUUAGUAUGAUUUAUAAGCUGUUUUCCUCAUGGGGAAUGACAAAAUGUCCCCACAAGGUCAAAAAUUUCGGGUUUUACUAUCCUUAUGAGGACAUUUGGUCCCCACAAAGUGAUAAAUACACGCUCACACACACAUACACACACAAACAAACACACAAACAAAGAAAAAUAAUCUUAUAUAAUUGUCUGUUUUCUUUCAUUUAUUUGUUAAAAAAAAAAAAAAGAGUGAAAUAAAUAAUAAUUAUAAAUCCAUUCUAUUUAUGUAUGUAGCCUACAUUUGAUAUAUUGAUAUGAUAUAGCUAAUUUAAAUUAAAAAUAUAUUUUUAUUGAAGUAUCAAAGCCAGGGCUGUAACAACCAUUAUACAUUUUGAGUUUUUUUUAUUUUAUUAUUUUUUAUUUAUUUGUUUGGGGUGGGGGAGCAUGUCCCCCUUACUUCUAGAAAUAUUUUAUAUUUUUUAGGAAAUUAUAUAUAAUUAGCCUAUAUUUUAAGUUCCUCUGCCGUGCAAG